GUCAUUCCCAAUAAUUUAAUCAAAGCUGUUGUUGACUAUGUUAGAAAUUUACAGUCUGUUGAUGAUCUCGAUGAUGUAGCGUUACAAGUGUUUGGAAGCCACUCUGAUGAGAGGUGUGAAAAAUUCAAACAAUCAGUUCUAUACUAUUGUAAAGGCAACAAAAAUUUUGGCUCUCACCUCCCAAGUGUUAUUGGUAAUUUAAAGUGUUCAGACACAGAUAAUCAAGAUGCUACCAGUAACUCUAGUUUAAAAGGAGGAAAAAUAGGCAAAUCCCCUUUGCUUCCCACUCCAGGAUCUGUUGUGGGCAUGAAAUGUAAGUGUAUCCACCACAUGCGAAAAACUCUCCAAUCAGGUUCUUGUUCACAUCUCCGAAUACACAUGCAUGAUUUUUCACAUCCCGUCUGGCUGCCUUCAGCUUCUUCACCUUUACAUGAUUCAGAAUGCGGAAAAAAUUCUUCAUUAGAAGAUCAAUAUUCAAAUAAUUUGCAAAUGAAAGAUGAUGACAUUUCUUGUAGAUCCAAGUUUGCCUCAGAGACUGAUGAAAAUGAACUCUCAAGUCUUCAGUCAAUACGCCAAGUUCUAGGUAAAGCAAAACAUGGAGCUUUUUAUCAAUUGCUUGCCAAUCAAGAGGACUCAAACUGUGACAUCACAGCAAACUUCACUAGAAACUUCAAUUUAUCAGGUUUGUUUUUUAGGAGUAUUGUCUCUGUGAUAAUGGCUCCAUGUGGCAAAUGUGUUUUCAACACUAAAUGGUUAGAAGAUGAAAAGUACAAGAAAUGGCUCUUAGCUGAUGGACAGGAUAAGCACUCAGCCAGAUGCAGGUCUUGUAAUAAGACUUUUUCAAUUGCCAGCAUGGGGGAAUCUGCUCUGAAGUCACACAUGGGUUACAAAAGCCAUUUAGAGUCAUUGAGGGCACUACAACUUACAAAGAAAAUUUCUUUUCCAAAAGAGUCAACUUCAUCCCAGCAAAGGGAUUCAUCUUCAAAUGAAGUUGGAAAGAAUUUAGAAAGUUAUUUUCAAAGUUCAAAAACACUAGAUGCCGAGAUACUCUGGGUUUUAAGGACUGUGAAGUGCCACCAUUCAUAUAGGUCAAAUACUAACAUUGACCAAGUCUUUAAGCUUAUGUUUCCUGACAGUGCCAUUGCAGCUGACUUUUCAUGCAGUGAAAAGAAAAUUUCGUAUAUAGCUGUUUUUGGGCUUGCCCCAUAUUUCAAGGAUCUUCUUCUGAAAGACUUGGAGGGGAAAAAUUUUAUCCUUCUUUUUGAUGAAACCCUCAAUUCUAAAAAUUUAAAGAAGCAAAUGGAUAUUUAUGCAAAAUUUUGGCUUGGUAAUCACAUUAAAACCUGCUUUUUAACAUCGGUUUUCCUCGGGCAUGCAACUGCUAAUGACAUGUUUACAAAUCUUAUAAAUUCAGUUUCACCAUUGAGUUUAAAAAAUGCCUUGCAGCUAUCCAUGGAUGGACCAAAUGUUAAUUUGAAAUUGCAUGGACUGUUGGAAGAACAUAUUCGUAAUGAGUUAAGCAAACAACUGAUAAAUAUAGGGACAUGUUCAUUACAUGUUGUACAUAAUGCCUUCCGUAAAGGUUUUGAAGCUUUAGAUUGGGAAAUAGAAUUGUUUUUGUUUAAUAUAUAUCACUUUUUUAAAUAUUCUCCUGCUAGGAGAGAGGAUUUUGCGUCAAUAUCUGGGUCUCUUUACCCCUUGAAAUUCGUUUCCCAUAGAUGGGUUGAGAAUAUAAUAGUAUGUGAAAGAGCAUUGGACAUUUUCUCUGCAUUACAUACUUAUGUGAAAGACAUGGAAAAGGGGAAAUUUCAAGAGCCACCAACGAAAUCAUUUCAAAACAUACGAAAAAAUGUUAAAGAUGUUUUAUUUCCCGUGAAAUUGAACAUAUUUUUAAGUGUAGCGAAAACCGUAGAGCCUUUUUUAAAAACCUAUCAGUCGGACAAACCUUUGAUCCCAUUUAUGGCUGAAGAUCUCAAGAAACUUUUGGUUAGAUUAAUGCAAAGGUUUUUGAAUCCUAAGCUUUUUAACGGCGUAUCUGUUCUUAAGUUGCUACAGAUAGAGCAUGAUAAUCCCAAAACCCAUAUUCCUAUUGAAAAAAUUGAUAUGGGUUUUGUGGCCGAAAAACAAGUAAUAGAGUUAUAUUCGGCGAAAAAAAUUUCUGAUGGCCAAAUCUUAUCCUUACGUAAAGAUUUAAAGUCUGCUCUUGUAAAGAUGGUAUCCGUCAUUAUAUCAAAGUCGCCAGCUAAGUUUAGUAUUGUUCGAAACAUGUUGUGUCUCACUCCAAAAAAAUUAGCUGAAGAUAAACAAGGGUGUUUGACGAAAAUGAGAAGUCUUCUGCAUAGCCUAGCAGAUAUAAAUAUUAUAAUCUAUGAUUGUGAUGAAAUUCAUGAUGAUUUUUCUGAUUUCAUCAAUGAAACAGUUAGUCAAAAUAUUGCAGAUUUUUUAAAUUUUGAUCAAGAAAAGAUGAGGUUGGAUGAAUUUUUUUUCUCAUUAUUUGGAAGAGAAACAUUCGAAAGUUUGGCCAUGCAUCCAAAAGCUUCUUUCGUUGAGUCAUGGACAAGCAACUGUUGUAACACGGAAAAUGUUUCGAAUCAUCAAGAUAGUACAUUUAGAGUAGAAUCUUUGGAUAAUGCUAAUAUUGAAUCGGGGAUGGAUACAUUGUCAUUGAAACAAGGGGAAAAAGCGAAGAAGAUGCUAAAGUCUUCAGAUGUGUCUCCAUUGCCUAAAGUUUCGAUAGAAGUAAUGCGUAUUUCUCGUGAAAGGCACCAAAAAGGUCUCAUGCAUCCAUAUAUAUUCCAAAUUCUUUCUCAGGGAGAAAUAAAAAUCCCUGUUACUUUUGAAGACGAGUCUGGACGUGAACUUCCAUCACCUUCUUUGUUGUAUCGACCUCUGCGCCAAAUGAUCUAUGCUUUAUUAUUUAAUCAUCAUCAUCUUCAAUACUUAUCAGAAUUAAAGAAGGAAAAAGAAGGCAUUGAUGCAAAACCACCUGAAAUAUUAGUUAAAGAAUGGAUUUUUUCAAAAUCAAACAAAUACCAUAAACCUGAAAUUGUGCCUUCUCUACCUCUGGGAUGGCCAGUUCCUACUAUUACAAGAUUGUGGUUCGGUUCUGGUCCAGAUAAUAAUAAAAAACGGCUUCAAGCAUUCCUGACAUGUAUGCGUAGUAAUUCCACUUUAAUGUGUGAUCCUCUCGUUGUACCUCAACAUCUCAUUUUAUUAUGUUGUGUUUUAAGGUAUUUGAUAACCAGUUCUGAAAUGCCUUUUCUGUACAAACAUGAACUAGAUGCAUUUCUUGUACAGGCUGUUGAUCCUCAUUUAAUGGAUACUGAAUACACUCAAAAGUUAGAAAUUCCAAUUGUUUCUCCCCGUGGAGUAAUGCUUGCAGCUCUAUUUAUGCAAGGUGUUGAUCAUGCUAUUAUGGCAAAUGAUGCUUGUGGUGCCCCAAUCUCAUGGCUUAUGUGUUGCCCAUGGUUAUUUUUUGAUGGUAAAAUAUUUCAUCGUAAGUUACUUAAAGCUAAUACAGCCAAGAAUCUUCUUGAUCUCUGUGAUAAUCGAUAUGAUGAAGUGAGUGCUGUUGAGCAUAUGAAAAGUGCUAUUGUUGAAGGAUUAUCAGUAAAAUUCUUAACGCCCUCAAUAACAGCACCAACUAGACCUCCUCAUCCUUUUCCGAAUUUUCCAGUCCCUGUUCAACCUCUUCCUCAAGGACGUGGUAGAGGUCACCAACGUGUUGUUCCACGGGGUGGACAAUUAGAAGUCGCUGGUGUAGUUGUUGGAAGUUGGGGCCCUAAUUAUGGCCAGGGACCUAGAUCACCUAGUCGUAACAUACCACCUCAAAUUGUUUCUGUAGGGGGAGCAGGAAGAGGACGUGGUGUUUUAGCCAAUCCUGUUGUUGGAAGAGGUAUCACUGCUACUAGAACAGUUUCUCCUCCUGGUAGACCACGAGUUCAGUCUCCUCCUACUGGAAAUAGAAAUCCUGCUCGUUUGGGUGUGGGGCGAGGAGCUAUGCUUCUGCAUGAUACAAAAACAAAUUCUCAUAGUAUGGUGAGUUUAUUACUAACUAUUUAACAGUAAAAAACUAUCCAGAAUACUCAAUAUUUAGCAAAUUUCAGGUAUGGAAACUAAAAAUAUCUAUAUUUUAAUGUUACCUUGUUUUACGGAAAACGAUACCAGGCCUUAAUAAAAUC